CUGGUGCAAUGUGAGGCCACCACCACUUGUCCUGUUGCUGUUACCUGGGAGAAGAGGCCGACCCCCACCUCGAUGUGACCUUUGCUGCCAGCAUCCUGCAAUGCAGGCCCCAGGAGGACCGAUGGCCCCUCUGUGACUGCCACGCAGGUGGCACCACUGGUGUUUGGUGAUGGAAUCGGGUCUGGACCACGCUCAGUUUCUCACACUGGAACACAACACCCUCUUGGCACCACAGAUGUCUCGGGAUCAGACGGUGUGUAAGUACUGUGGCGUCAGCUAUUUGAUACUUCAUGAAUUUAAGGUGAUGGAAGAAAAAAUAAAAGCGAUGGAAAAGGAGAUUAAAUUUUAUGAAGGAAGUAUAGAACGGGAAAAAGGACUGCAAGAAGAAUUGCAGGCUCUUUACCAAGACCUUGAACGCUGUCGAGCUGAUGGGGAAUCUAAAACAGAAAGAAUAACAAGCCUAACAAUGGAGUUAAAAACCAAACAAGAUGAACUAAAAAACAUGAAAGAAGACUUGCGCUAUUUCCAGGAAGAAAAGGAAGCUGCCCAUAAGCAAUCCCAGGUGCUCAGAACUACACUGGAACACCAUUGCUCAACUCUGAGCAGGGCUGUCUCACUGUUUCCUUUCAUCAGAAGAGAGCUAGAAAGUGUUAAAGAAGUUGUGUCCAGUAACCUAGAGAGCUGGGCUGCCCUGAAAGAAGAAAUUUUUCAGCAGAUAAGAACUGUUAGCAAAGAAGCUUUGACAGAAAUACCCAAACUGACUCAAAAGUUAGCAAAAUCGCAGAGGGAGAACGAGUGCCUUCAGGAAAAGGUAAAACAUCUGACUCUGGUGGCCGAUACAGUUGAGCUGAAAACUCAACAGCUUCAAACUUCUCUUCAGCAAGGGAGUGAGCUACAAAGCAGAUGCCGUGAGCUACAAAAGGAAACAUUAGAUUUAACAAAUCAAGUGGAGACCACUGAACUCAAGCUGAAGAAGGUAACAGCUGAGAUGGAUCACUACAAAAAGCUGCUGAUGGUGAAAUCAGCAGAACUUGAUGUGUGUCAAAAUGAACUGAAAAAAAUGAAAAAUGAAAAUGGAAUUUCUGAGUCAAGGCUUACAAAAGAGCUCAAGGAAAAGGAGGAAUCUCUUCUGAUUUGCCAACAAGUAUGCAAACGUUUGCAGGAAGAGGUGGCUGAGAAGGAGAGGAGAGAAGGAGAUCUAAGAAGAAGAACCAGUCAAUCAGAAAGCGAACUGGAAACGCUUAAAGCUCUUCUUACACAAACAGAGGAGGAAGUGGUGAUGUUGAAGCAAGAAAGGGAGUUAAUGCUGAUUUCUCAUCAGAACAGAACAGAACAGCUGCAGGAAACAUUAAGGCAGAAGAUGCGGAAUGAAGAUAACUGGAGGGAGAAGGUGGAGAUUGAUCUGGCGAAAGGUGAAGCACGACACAAAGAAGCAAUGCUCAAAGUCAAAGAGGAAGCCAGAGUGGAACUGGACACUGAACGGCAAAAGCAGCAAGAAUUAAUCACAAAAUAUCAGAGAGACCACGAAGAGCUCCAGAAGAAGAUACCUGAGUUAAUAUCCAGUGCCACCAGCAGCUUACGGAAGGAGAUGGAAAUGCUUGAAAAGAAGCUACAAGAUGCCCAGAUCAAACUUGCAGAGAAAGACGAAGAUAAAGAGAAAGAAAUUCAGAGCCUUAAAAGGCUAAUUGCUGAACUCGAAUUUCAGCUGAAGGUGGAAAAGAACAAUAAUGAAUCAUUUCUGGAUAGCAUGAGGAAAGAAAUGAAACGCAAGUCGGAUGAACUGGAAGAAUUAACCCAGGAGAGGACACAGCUGAUUCACAAUUUGAGUCGAGUGCAAGAGGAGAACGCUUUUCUCCAGGAAACGGUGCGCAGAGAGUGCGAGGAACGCUAUGAGCUGACUGCAGCUUUGACUCGAGCCAGGGAACAAGUCCUGCAACUCAGAAAGCUGAGUGGAAACUUCCCGUUAUCGCCGCGUUCCCUGGCUCAGGGCAGCCUAACCUCCUCCGCUGCCCUGCGCGCCGAUUACGGACGCAGCAGCCGCCCAGGCCCCGGCCCAGGCAGGGCCAUGCAUCCCUCCGGGCAGGUCGGUAUUCCCCGAGCCGUGCAGGCACCCGCGGGCAGGCCCAGCAGCGUGGCUUUGCCAGCUCUCAGGGGCCGGGAGACGGCGGCCAGGAGAAGGCAGCGGAGCCAGCUGUGACACGUGGGGAAGCUCUGCGGCGUGUCAGCCACCGUGCUGCAGGCUCUGGGCAUCAGGGGUUGCCUGGUGAACUUCAUGCCUUUCUGUGGCUGAGAAUUAAGUUACAUUCUGAUACGUUUUUUGACGCAAUAAUGUUUGUUUGUCCGUUGCAUAUCAGUGUAAUUAAAUGCUAUCUGCGUUCCAAGGCGUGGAAAGUAAGAAAGAACAAAAAAAAAUUGCCUCUCCAAAAGGUGCACGUAUUCAUGAAGUGUAAUUAAAGUAAUUGCCAACUUCAAAUGCCGUUCUCCCUCAAGCACUUUGUUGGAAUUUUCCCAUUUUGCGUGUUGUCCCUUGGAACUUCACUGUGCAUUUCUGGUGUAAAAAAUGCAAUUUGUUCGGUUAGAGGCAGAUAUUGGCUGUUAUUUCAUGGAGCAGUGUGCUCCCAUCGCCUGGGCAGCCACCCCCAGAGACUGCAGCCAUCUUCCCCAAAGAACCAGCGGGGACCUGAGCUACUCGGUGGGGGUAAGUUGGAAGGGAACAUCCUGGGGAUUCUCAGAGCACGUGAGCAGCAGAUGACUGAGGUUGCCUGCUCCCGGCUGAGUUUUAGAACUGGGCUCUUUCUACAUUCAGAGAUGUGGAGUUGCUGCUUCACAGGAUGCUUGCAAACACAAAUACAUUUGUACUUGACCUCAUUAUUUCUGAGAGAUGAGAUAGCCCUGUGUGUGACAAACUGACUACCAAAGUCCACGUCGUUAGUGCUGAAGCAAAUUAGAAAAGCUUUGCUGAAUCCAAUGGCGUAGCAGGGAAUGUAUUUCAUCUAAUAAAAUAAGUGGGAGAAGCGACCAUUGUAGAUUUAGCAUCUCAGGCUAGAUUUUAAGGUGCACUUUGUCUUACUCAGCUUCUGCUCCCACUGAGCCUUCACUGAUCCUUACCAUUUCUGAUCCUCGGCCGAUCUCAGUGGUAGCAGCUCAAAAAUCUUCUACUCUCAAAUUGAGAAAGCAACAAAAAUUCAGUGGCAACCAUCAGUCAUACACACAGCGGAGAUACCUGGAAGCAAAGUCACAAGUAAGUGGCUUUGGUCACUUUUUGUUUUUGUUUUUGUUUUUCUUACAGAUGUUGAAAAAUGGAAAUCUGAAAGAUGUGGAAGUAACUCCACACUGAAACACAGCUUCAUGAAAUCCGUUUUUCAGCAAUAUCCCCAGAAGCAUGAAGAAUGACUGGAUGUUCCCUUCUGUGCUUGCUGGGAAUGACGAAUUUUUGUUGUUGUUGUUUAGGAGAAAUCCUGACUUCCUUGAGCUUGAAAACUGUUGUUCUGUUACCCACCUGCAGUCUUCCUGUGCUGAAGGAACAGAUCUUCACUGAGGCAGCCCGUGAAAUGGAAAUGCAGCUUCCUGGAGGCAGUGCGUCUUGUCGAAGCGGUGUCAUUUAUGAAUGGGUUUUUCUUAUGCUGGACCUUGCACUCUAGGACUCACGGCACAAGGGAAUACUGGAAACCACAAAGUUGGAACAAAUCGGCCUCUGUGGCUCCCGAGCUGCCUGCAGGAAGCAGCCGUCCUUUCACCCCUCAAGGUUGCAGGAAAGUGGCCUAUGGCUGCGAGUUUGCCUCAUGCAAAGGCUGCUCCGUUGUUCCUUGGCAAAGCUGAUGUUGUUGCCUGUUGAGAGCAGAGUCCUAAAUCUUUCCAUAAAGCAUUGACUGCGCUGGUAGCUGCCAUGUUGCAUAGCAGGACAGGAGGCUGGAGUGUGCGGCAGGGUCGGGAGUGGUUCUGUGAGGAAGAAAGCAGAGUUCAGGAAAAAAUCACCGUGGGGUUUUAGCGGCCUUGAAAGCAUGGAAAUAGAAGCUGGAGCUGGACCCAGUGCCAUAUGUCAUUGCAAUGUAUUAAUCAGAAGGAGAUACAGGCAGUCUUUCGUUUAAAGAAGCAGUUGUGCCCUGAGAUAUUCUUUGCUUUAAAUCCAUGAUUUUGGCUCCUGGUGUUUUAUAAGUUCCCUUUAAAGCCUGUAGCGUGCUGCAGAAAGCACUGUCCACUCCUAAUGCAAAAUAAAGAGUGUAAGAAUGAAACCGGGAAAUUUCCUGUCUCAGGCAAAAGCCGCACAUCUUUAUUUCAGAAUUAAACAGCUGUUUAAAAUGGGGACUUAUUUACAGAAUGAAAAGUUGACGUUAGGUUGUGUCCUUAAUUGCUGCAGGUAUGUAAGUUUAUUCUGCUAACAAAAGGAUAAAGUCAGUAUGCAACUGUAGGGGCGUGAAGUAAUGGAACCAAACGUGCUUAGCACUUGUGUGGCUUUUUUCAUCCUCAAAGCAUAGUCCAAAAUUAAUUUUGAUGGGAUAAUAAAAAGGAUGCUGUAAAAGAUGAAUGCCGAAGAGGUUUUAACACCGGAAAUACAAUUUGUGUGAUGGAAAAUAGGGGCAUCUGGCAUUGCACUGUGAACUGUUCCCAGAUAAUGAAAAGAAACCUCUUCCAAGCAAGCGUGGCCAGAUCCAGCAGGGUGUUUUUGCUCCUCUCUAUCUCAAGAGAUACCUCCUAUCUACUGUCAGGAGUGAGCCACAAACCUUCCGGAGCUGCAGUUUUCCAUCUGGAACCUUGGAUUGCUGCUGAAUUAAGUCCCUGCAGAUCCGUUACGUGACUGAUGAGACUGAUGCAGUAGACUUCACCCUGAAAGCAAUUGAGCAAAGGUAUCAAUCUCAUGAGCAGACAGAUUUGAACAACGUUAUGAUUUGAUUCCUACAUAAUUCCAAGAACUGACCUGCUCUGAAAAACCCUUUGGAGUACUGGAAUUGGACCACUGCAUUGUCAUCCCCAUGGAACACCCAUUUGAGCGAUUGUCACUGUUGGAUAUGUCCUUCACUUCUGAGCCAUUAACAACCUUGGGGGUGAAAAAGAAGAAAACACAUUCUCAGGGUAACUAAAGCAAGCCUCCUGUUACCAUCCACUACUUUAAAAAAACAAUGUAAAUUUAUGGGAUUAAUUGCACCUACACGCUUACCAUCGUUGAUUGAAUCUACCCCUCUUGAACACUUUGAAGCCUGAUCCUCGCUGCUGUCAUUGUUACAUGUUAUUAACUAGCCCUAGACAUGUAACAUGUGUGAGAAUGCCGCUCCCUCCUCAAUGACAUACCCCUACUGAACCUAACAUAUGAUUUACCAUCGUACUUCUAACAUAACUCAGCUUCUCGGUGUUUAACCAACCAUUAUUUUCAUUCACUUCUGCAAAACCUCUCAUCAAAUAAAACCCCGAAACUA